AUGAUGAGAUGUAUUUCAAAAGGCGGAGCCAACCAUCUUCAGGAACUUCGGCAUGGUGCGGCUUGGGGGGUCGAGGCAAUUGACCGCCUUCAAACUGAGAGCGGUUGGGAUAUCAGAAGUGGUGAUAUAUUGUUUUACUUUACCCCGACCUUUACUUCAUUGAGGUACUGGGCGAAAGCAACCAAAUCGAUACCCAUAUUUACCACCCGUCUGAAAGAAGACCAAUAUAAGAAAAGCCCAGAGAGUUUGCACUCAAACCAUCUCUCUGUUCCGUGCAUCAUCAAAUGCAUAUUUGGCAAAAGUGUCCAACUCUCCGACGUGUGUAAUGUUCUACACUGCAAUUUUGAUAUUGCUCUGGAAUCGUUUGCAAAAUGGUACCUAGAUCCAUUUGGUUCAGAUGCCAUGGAUGAACUGGAAAGACAAAGGCUCUUCUUUCCCGUGCAUCAGUUUUCCCUGGACAGGCAAGCUGACUUUGGGGUUGAAUCCCAAACGGAAAGGGACUCGCAGCCCGCAAGAGACUUAUUGCACGAAGCGCGGAAAAGACGUCGCGUUGGCAGCGGGACCAAUUUAAAUCUAGACGGCCCGUCUCUCAAUCCAAUUCUGUCGGCCAAUGUACAACUACAGACAACCUCUGAGGAAGAUCCCAAUCGUUCCAUUCCAAAUCUAUCGGACCAGGAGAGAGCUUCCCUGAGCAGGAAUCCAAACCCUGAGGGUUUCCCACAUCAAGUGACAUGUGACCAUCGACUGCGGCUUGUUAGUCCAGAUCCGCAAUAUACAGUCCACGGGCGUCAGACAGCAUGUUCGCUCCCCCAAAUUCACCAAGAUGACUCACGUAGGUCAUCGACAAUGAUGAAUGAUCACUACAGACCAGGAGGUCAAGUGGGCAUUGUCAGACAAACAAUAUCUCCUGCUAUCCUCCAAUUAGAACCAUCACCAAGCUUUACAGACCAUCAAUCUCCCCUACACUUUCGACGAGCUGCCAUAGGAUCUCUCGAACGGGAUUUGCCCACCUCCAGUGGAAUUCGAGGGUCCGCGAUCAGCGAAAUGCUCAAUGUCUCGAAUGCAGCAGUCUGUGAUGAAGUGAUUCUUCCACCGAUAGGAAGGACUGGCGUGGCUAACGGAUUGCAUGGCAAUUUGGCAACGAGCGAUGGCUCUCAGGAGCUACAUUCUCAAUUCACUCCAUCGAACCAAAGUUUCGUUGGCGGAUAUCCGUCACAGUAUUCUACGGCUGGCCAAGGUGCUCAAUAUGCAGGGGUCGGUGAGCCGCAAGUCGUUGACACAUCACUCUGCUCUCAUAAUAUGUUGUCUUCAUUGCUAUUUGAGGAACAAGAAGGCCCGCAUAUCGAUGCCGAGCCCCAGAGAGUUGACACAUCCCUUCGGUCGCAUUACAUGCUGCAUGAUCUUCUAGACCAGUUUGAACAAUCACGACAACAGCCUGAUUCCGACAUAACCUACCAAACGCAAUUCACUGUCUAG